GUUCCAGAUACUUCCUUUCCCUGGCUUCCACCUUCCGUUUUCUCCGUAUAAAGAAAGUCUCAGCAUGCCCUUCUGAUUCAGAAGCAAAAAGCAAGACAUCGAUCCCAGCUCUGCCAGGCUAGCCAGGCAAUGCGCGCUGCCUGCACAGCUGAGAACUGCAGCCAGAGUACAGCUCCCACCACCACCCCUAAGCGCCAGGGAAAUGGUAAGAAAUACAGGAUCUUCCAAAAGAACGCAGGAGAAUUAGUAAGUCUGGGACCUCAACACAAUCUAGACAAAAUUUACUCAUUAUCUGAAUCUAGUUGAGGUCUGCUAUUUGAGAAGUUGUGCAUUAGAUAUUUGUGUAACUAAUAAAAAUAUUAAUAGUUAUAUGAGGAUUUUUGACAGGAAGGAUAUAAACACUCAUGUUUCAGGGCACAAGCUAAUCAUUGAAUUAAGGAGGAUUAGGAAGACAUUUCUUACAGGCAGGUUAUUCCAUAAAAGUAUAUUAUACAGUGUAUUAUUCCAGUGCAUCUUCACUGGAAACCACUACUAUUAGUCAGUCUUGGGGACAGAAUAAUGAAGUAAGCCAACUGACAACCUGGUCCAGGAUAGCAGUUACUAGAUCCAUAUGUAACAAAAGUCCAGUCCUAACUGGAUAUGAUUUGCUUUCCAAUUGUUAUUUUCCUUUUUUAUAUACCAUGAAGGACAUUUAUCCUUGUUUGCAGUGAUGCAGUAUGUCAAAGUGACAGCUUUGCACUGCUGUAACCUUGGUUUAGAUAUCGUAUUUACAUCUGAUAAGGAAGUAGAAGAUGUAAAUAUGCAAAUGUAUAUCAAGAGUAAAAAAAGUAUGGCUGUGAGGUUUAGGGAGACGUUAGUGCAAUAGCUAAAUUAACAGCGCUCCUUAGUAAGAAAAGCUCAUCAGACACAUUUUAAAGAGACAGAAAGAGACCAGUGAAUAUGCUGCUUUCACUGUCAGCUUGGACCUGAUUGUACAGCAUUUGCCACAGUUGAGCUGUUACCCCUAGGUGUUAACAGAGUAUAUAUUACAUAUGCACAUAAAUAUGUAUAUUUGUGUGUAUUUCUGAAAGGUCCAGAGAGGGAAGCACAUGGGGAAUGGAGAGAUGCUGGCCAGCAGGAGCAGCAUCAGGUCCUAACUGGUGUCACCUCCCUUUGGGCACCCAAACAAAGAUGAGUUUUAAGGAGGGCUAGGGCAAAGAUUACACAUAGUUUUAGUGUAACUUACAGAAAUGCCUCCCAAAUAUGAGAUGGCAAACACAAGAAAGCGAGCCAUGGAAAUCCAACAGGUGUACAGUGGAGGCUGGCAUCGGGACACUUCAAGAGACUUAACCCAUCUGUAUUGAAAGAGAACAGCCAGUAAGGGCGUAGAUAAACUGAGAAGGGAGCUGGAAGUGAAAGCAAGUUUUUGACUGAUACAACACAGAGGGGAGCCAUUUGAGGGAUGCCAAGAGAGAGGGGGCAAUGUAAAGAAAGGUAUUGGGGGAAAAAAUACCUUUUCCAUGAGUGUUGUGGUCAAUUUUCUAACCACAGAUUCAUCACAGGGCAAUGAGUCAAGCUAUCUAGAACUAAUAUGACAUGCAUGGCAGUCAUUCCUCAGAGAUGUCUGCAGAGACACUACAUGGACCUCAACCGUGUCCUCCUUAAAAUUCACCCCUGCUGUGAUACAAACAGGAAAAGCUCAGCAAUGAUUAAUCUGAUGGUUUCCAGUCACUGCCUGGAAUCAUAUUGUUGACCAGUAUGAUCUCACUGUUACCUUGUGCUUGCAUUGUUUUCUUUAUAGACCUGUCAGCUCUUUAUUUUGAUUACAAGGUGUUCAACGUAACAAUUAAAAAAAACAACCCAGAAUGCUAACACAAUGUUGGCAGUUCUGACUGAAUGUACUGCCAGUCCUACCCUCCCCUCUUUGUCUCUUUCAUUGUGAUAUACCACUCUUUUCCUCACAGCAACACCACUCUGCUACAGCUGUGCUGUAAGCUGAAAUUUGAAAUUGAUUUGGCUAGAAACACUGGAGGCAGGGGGAAGUGCUGGAUUUCUUUUUGCUGGAUCAGUUCCCCCAUCUGGUGGAGCGUACAACCCCACCUGGAUUGUGCCAGCACAGCAGAGGGAAAAGGGGCAGUACAGGAGCGGGGCAGAAAAGGGGGGCUGUGGGACAUGGCCAUCCAUAACCCAGUAUUGGUACCAAAUACUUUAAAACACUACAUCACAACUUUAUGCAGGGACAUCUAGGCAUUCCCCCUACACAAAUAAUAAAUACCCAUAAUAAAAGUGUAAAUAAAAAAAAUAUUAUUCAUACUCCCCUAAGGAGAAAUUCAUCAUUCAUAAGUGAUUGUAGAAAUUUCAAUCAAAUACUAAUAGUCUAAAUUAGAAACAAGAUUGCAGUUGGUUAAUUCUGGAGUGUAGAUCAAGCUGGACACAGAUUUUCUUUGUCACUUGUGAGAGCCCACAUCACACUACAGAUUCAGUAGCUAUCCAAACCAAAGCCCGUUCUUUUUAGAAAAAAUCACAAUAAUUGUUAGUGGUUCAAGGAACCUCACAGUAACAGACUAGCAGAAUGUGAAAGGCAAAUGAAAGACUAGGGCAAAGGACGAGCAUUCAGUUAUGCUUUCAAGAGGUGCUUUCAACUCAGUAAUAAGCUAAAAUAAGUAGGUUUUUGUCCCCUUUAAUUUUGAAAAACCUAACAUGGGGCUUAAAAUAACAUUUUUACAAUGAUAAUUUUGUUGUUUGGAUUAUGAUUGCUUUUUAAACCUACUAUUCAUUAAAAUAUCUGCUCUUUUUUUCCCCCCACUGACUCAGUCUCUUGGUUAUAUAAAAUUGCUGGUGCUUUUGUCAUUCCUGUGCCCGGUUGGAGAACUAGCUCAGCAACAUUUGUGUAGUCAAAUAAAGCAAGUAAGCCUUACUUUGUGCCAUGAUGUGUUCCUUACACAGACAAAAUAAAAGGAGAAAUCCCAACCCCACCAAAGUGAAGGGAAACAAAUCACGCCUUAAAUUCAGCAGCAUUAAGAUUUGACCUCAGCUUUUUUUUCCAGAGUCAAGAGUGCCAGACUAAGUCCAUCUGGAGUGUCUCCUUCGGCAUUCAGCUUGACUUGUGACAUGGUAUGUUCAGCAGAGAGACUUAUGAACACCAAGUCUUGGUUCUGAAGUCUAGCAUAAUGAAAGUCAAGAAUACGUACUUAACUGAUCAUCAAAUAACAUGCCCUUGUUGCAAUUUCAAAUGCAGUUCUGCAAAGGAGCUUUAGGAAUGACACUAAAGUAGAUAACAAUCUGUGCUCCUAAUUACAUUUCUUGUUACAGUUAACGAGAAAAACACUUCCAACUUCUGAGCAUGCAGGCUCACACUGAGAUACGAGGAACAAACAUUCAUUUCAUUAGCACACAUUGCCAUCUAUAAUAAAGCUAUAACAGGCCAAAUGCUCUAAUUUACGUUUCUGAAACUGUGUCUCCCUCUGGUCACACUGUUGUUACACUUUCAGGAUGCCAAGAAGGAAAAUGGAUCUGGCAAUUGUCACUGGUUGGAAGUGCAAACAAUUUUUCCCUUAACCACAUCAGCUUUGCAGAGUUACCAAGAAUAUAAAACCGUAAAAGCUUACUUCAGUCAUUAAAGAGAUCUGACUCACAAAAAAGGAAUCGCUGUGUUGAGUUACGAGAUGUCAGUUGACAUAGUUACUAAACUGAUUGCCAGAAGCUGGGAAGUUAGCAACUAGCUUUAUUUUUAAAAUUUUUUUUUCCCUAAUUUUCUGCUAACGACUCUUGCCAGAAGGAAGUUGCUCGGGUAGAUGGCUCUUGAGACCUAGUAUAGCAAUGUUUGUGGGUUUGGAAUAGAUGCAUACUUUUACUAGUAUCAUAGGCCACUAUCAAUUAGAUCAUCAGAUGAUAAUAAUAAUUUAAUGUUGUGGUGCCUGAAUUGCUGUCUGUGGCAAUAUCUUAACAUCAUGCAUGCUUUAGCUCUUUCUCUUAACAUCAUGUAUGCUUGAAGACCAGCUCUUGAAAAGAUGAACAGAUGUUAUAGGGCAUUGAUAUUCAAGUUAAAAUUAAAUGGCAGUAGGAAUCUUAAAAGUACAAGAACAUCACUGAGUACUUGAAAAUAAAUUCAAUUUUAACAAAUAAAGAGAAAUGACCCAUUCAAGUAUAAGAAGGGCAAAUAAAGAGAAAUGACCCAUUCAAGUAUAGGAAGGGGUAAGAAACUUCCUUUAAUGAAUUUCUCAGUAUAAGACAUCACACAAAAUAGCUAGUUGGAGAAUACUUUAAGAAAAAAGAAUCAAGAUUCACUUCUCAGGUGAUGGAGAUGUAUAGCUGAGAUCUCUAAAACCUCCUUAGCCUGAGCCUGCUUACAUGUAUUGCUAACCAAAGCCAAUUCUGCAAAAUCACAAACAUAUGACCAUUUUCCUUCCUGCUGCUAGAAACUCUGCCUAAUCUCCCAGCAAGUGGUCCCAUUUGGCUCAUACUCAAAGCCUGAAAAAGAUCCCAGUUUCCUACAGCUUAAUAUGUAUGUCGAUUGAGUGAACAGAGGCAUUACAAGAAACCUCCUGGCAUCCUUACACCUUUACAAGCCUGCAUGUAUUUUAUGCAAACCUAGCAGUACGGCACAGAGCAUGUACUAUUUCUGUGCUUUUUACCAGGCUGGCUAGCCCAUCCACUCAGCGUAACGCUGAGAGGGAGUGCUCGUAUUACACAGUGGUCUUUAUUUUAUAUGAAUACACAGAUCCAAGUGCCGAGCAGUAUGCACAAAUCCUUUACAUUACAGAUCAGCAAGGAGCUCCAUUAAUUUCAGCCAAGACUAGAUCAAGCCACAUGAGGUAAAGGCGUGGGUAAUAAGCCAUUAGAUUUACUUCAGCUUCUCCUGUAGUUACUUUAUGCCUUUUUAAACUUGUCUUAAUUAAAUUAAUUCUGGAACAUAAAAAUCGCUCAGUUUCCACUGAUCUGGAAAUGACUCUUUUUAGGCCAGCAACACUUUUGCCUUGAGACAUUUACUAGAGCUAGAAUAGGAAUCAGUGCUUAUAGCUUACAGAGAUUGUUUUAUUAUCAUGCUUGUUGAGUUUGCUCAGUGAGAUUCAUACCACACUUCCACUGUGCCAAUGUUUGUUUUUUCAAGCAAAAAAGGUUUGUAAAUAAUGGCCCCAGAGUAUUAUCUGACAAACCAGUGUUCUGCUUGAAACACAAAAACAACAGAUGCUACUUUCCUUAUGCAUCUAAAUAAUGGCAAGGUAGUGAGUGGUACUGCUCUUUACAGUACUCAACAUGAUUUGAUCUAUGAAAGUGUGUGCAACUACUUGUAAUCACCAUGUCUACCUUAUGCAAUGGUUUAUGUUCAGGUGCAGAAUCGUCUCUGCAGAAAAGAGAUCUCAUAAAGAAAUCCAGUCUGGAAUCACCAGCAAUGGUACAAGCAACAGUUCCUUGUAGUGCUUGUGAGACUGGCUGGAGAGUACGUAUGAGGCAGGUAAGAGCAACCAAAGCAAACAGCAGCAGGUUUUAAAGGGAUCUUGUGAACAAAGAGCAAAGACCUGGGAAUUGUGAGAUGUGGAUUCUCUUCCAGGAGCUGCAGUAAAAUUACUGUGUAAGCAGGAAGCCAUCAUAAUUGUAGUCAAAAUUAAGCCAGUCAGCCUGAAAUAUGAAGCGUUGUUUUUAAUGUAGCGUUGUUUUUAAUGUCUCUAAUUCAGUGGAGUCCUAAUCUGUGAUAAAAGCCCCAUGAAACUAUUGUAGAAAUUAAUUUAAUAAUUAAUAAUAAAAGGAAUCAUUGAAAAAUCAGGCAGGGGGGGUAGUUGUAUUCAGUAUAUAGGAGAGCUGGGUUUUUUCUCAUUCUAACCUAUGUUUGUACUUUCCUCUUUAUCGUGUUGACGUUUGCAAACAAUAAAAGGGCAUUAUGUGCUGGUCAUUGCAUCUGCUUUUGAGAUAAAUCUGUUAGCAUUCCAAAGGGUCAAGGAACUCUUCCAGGGCAAACAAAUUCUGCAGCACUGAUGCCAGAUGGCGUGUAUAUAAAGUGGAAAAUGAGAAAAGCAAUUUACUGUGUUCUUGUUCCAGGGAGAAGUAUCACCCAGAAGGACAGCAAAAGAGGUGAGAAACUACUGAGAAAUUGAAGAGACAGUUUUCAUCUUCUGUAAUAUGUUGUUUUCUUCAUAUCUGAAAAGUCUAGGUAUAUAGAGGAGCUGCAGUCCUUACUCAGGCAAAAUUAGUCCAAUAUUUAACUAAAUGUUUAUAUAUUGAAUAUAACUAAAUAUUUAUUAUAUUGAGUAUUUAACUAAAUAAUGAAGGGUUAAAUUGAUAACAUAAAGCAUUAUGCAUUAAUUUAUGUAACAGGUUCUAGAUUUAUCUAUAUAGCUCACUAAUACAUAGUCUGUGUUUAGAGAAAUUUUAGUCUCAGACACAAAAUGUUUUUAUCUUACAUUUUUGACCAAAGUCUACAAAAAAGGCAGAAAAUAAUGCAUCCGUUUCUUAACUAUAAAUUAGCAUAGCCUCAGCAAAGGCUAGUUAGCAAUGUCAUUUAUCCAGCUCAGGUGCUAACCACUACUAGCUCACUUGCAGCUGUAUUAAAUGUGUAAUUUCCAAGUGUUCAAAACAACUCUGCAAGUUUUUGAACUAAUCAAUCUUUUCUUCAAAUCUCGUGAAGCAUAGGAAUGUCUCUUGGAAUGGUUCAAAGAUAAAUUCUGGUUGGUGUAAAAAAUUUAAAAUCAGUUUCUUAAAUACUGAAAAUUAUAACAUGUUUUCAUAAAUAGCCUGAACUAUUGGUGGUUUUUAUCUCUUGCCCCUGAAUCUCAAAAAUACGUAGCAGAAGUAUAAGUGUUCAGAUAUAAGCAAAGAGAAAGGAAGAAUGUGUGUCUUAAUAUUUAUGUGUGCACCUUUGCUGAACGUAUUUUAAUUGGUUAUAUAUGUAGCUUUUUGAAAGCAGUCCGUCCUUUUAAUGUUACAGCUUCUCCUAGAAAUAAAGGAUAUAAAUAAAGACUUCCCUCUAUACAGGGAAAAGAACUGAACAACAAUGCUGAGGUUUGCUGUCGCCCUCUUUGCUGUCAUAACGUCAUCUACCUGCCAAAAACACGGAUGUCUGGAAGGGGACACCCACAAACUGAAGCCAAGUCCUGAGCCAAAUAUGCAUGAAUGCACUCUGUACUCUAAAUCUUCCUGUUGCUAUGCAGACUUCACAGAGCAAUUGGCUCAUUCCCCAGUAAUUAAAGUAAGAAACAGCUACUGGAACAGAUGUGGGCAGCUCAGCAAACCCUGUGAAGAUUUCACAAAGAAAAUCGAGUGCUUUUACCGGUGUUCUCCACAUGCUGCUCACUGGAUCCAUCCCAACUACACUGCUGCUAUUCAGUCUGUUCCACUGUGUCAAAGCUUUUGUGACGACUGGUAUGAAGCCUGCAAAGAUGAUUCCAUAUGUGCUCAUAACUGGCUGACAGACUGGGAAUGGGAUGAAAGUGGAGAAAACCGCUGUAAGAGUAAAUGUAUUCCAUAUAGUGAGAUGUACACAAAUGGGACUGACAUGUGCCAGAGUAUGUGGGGGGAGUCAUUUAAGGUGAGUGAAUCCUCCUGCCUCUGCUUGCAAAUGAACAAGAAGGACAUGAUGGCAAUCAAGUACCUCCUCUCCGAAAGCUCAGAGGAAAGCUCCAGCAGCAGCAGCAGCAGCAGCGAGGAGCAUGCCUGCCAAAAGAAACUCCUGAAGUCUGAGAAACUAAAGGGAGAGGAAGGGGAACAGACAAGAUAAAUGCUGG